CCUCAUUCUAAUAGCUAAGUGAGAUCGGAAAGCCGUGAGUCCGAGGCUGACAUGGUCUGAUCCUCGCGCGUAAGCACUUAUAGACACGCCUUUUCCCAUUCCCGCAUCCCCCCCCAAAAAAACAUCAGCCGUUGCACCCCAUUCACGGUCCCCAACCUCGUAGACCACAAUGGCUUCCGGACUCAUCUUCGAUCCCACUGCCCUCCUGAGGGUUGCCCCCCUGGCCUCGAGCACCGGAACCGUCGCCCAUGCCGUCCUCGAACUGUUUGCCUUCUCAUCGUUCGUCCAACCGCACACGCGCAAAGACGCGGACGGCCUGCUCCCCCGCGUGUUUCCCUACGUUUUCAAUCGCGCCGUCUGCACCGUCGUUGCCCUCAACUUGACGACCGUCGUUUCUUCCAUCGCCAAUAUUCGUUCCCUGCGUCACCGCUCCCCGUGGCCGCUCUCUCGCUCCACUUUCUACUGGGCGGGCUUGGUCGCCGCCAUCGGACAUAUGCUGUUCGUCCCCUUGGUGGCGAAACCUGUGCAGCGCAUUUUUGAGAGUUCGGACGAAGAUGGACAGCCAUCGAGGGAUAUGGAGCGGUGGUUAGCUAUUCACCGUGUGCGCAUGCUCGUCGCGGACUUGCCGGGAUGGUUGGCGUUUGUAGGUGCCGUUCUCGUCGUAUAACCUUUUUCUUCAGAGCGUUUUUCGCGACGGCACCUGGUCUUGAGGGUGUAUAAAUGAAGUAUGACCGUGUGUACUGGUUUGUCAGUGAAGGUGAUUGUAUUGAUCCUGUAAGAUAUAUCAUUGUACAGUACCGUGCGAAAUCCUUACUCCAGCUGUGUCUUUCUUCACCCAUGACGGUCUUAUAUGGUCUC